GACCGCAGUGGGGUGGACGGUUAGAGGACACUUGGGUGCCCGGAGAGGGGUUUAGGGCGUGAGAAGAGAGGUAAUUAAGUUAACAUAAGGAGAAAAUCUAGUUAUUCUGGGGAAGAAUUAGGCCAGUGAGAGAGGUCUUGGUGUGAAAAGAUAUUAGGAAAUGGAUAUCCCUAGAGGGGAGAUCUAGAGCUGAGGGAGAGGCCCAGGUGUAAAGAAUGGGGUUCCGUUAAUGUGAAGAGGAGUUAAACCAAAGUGAAGAGGGGGGUACCCUUGGAAUGGGCUGAGACGGGUCUCUGUGCGAAGAAGGGUUAUGUUAUGUGAAAAGGGUGUCUAGAAUAGGUUGGGUGGAAGUAGUCUUUUUGAGAAGUACAGAGAAUUAGGUCAAGGUGAAGAGGAGGAAUUGGGUAUCCGUGGAGAAGGUCAGAGUGGUGAGAGAGAGAUCUGUGUGCUAAGGUGGGGAGGGCCUGGGUAUCCCCGGAAUGAGAAUGAGAUGUUAGGUUGAUAAGUUAGGGGUGUGGGUAUCCCCAGGUUAAAAGACUGGUGAGAGGGGUCUGGGUGCGAGGAAGAGGGACCUGACUAUCUUCUGUCUGGGUUAGGGUGGGGGGAGGAGUUGUGCAUAAGAAGAAGAGAGGGUCUGGGUGUCUCUAAAGGGGAUUUGGGCGGUGGAAGUGGUGUGUAUGCAAGAAGUUCAAGCCAUUGUGAAGGGUAGCCUGGACAUCCUGAAUUGGGUUAGAGUAUGUGUAAGAUCUUUUUGCAAAUAAGAGGAAUUAAGUUGGUAUGAAGAGGGGGUCUGGGCAUCCCUAGAUUGGGUUAGGUUGGGAGGAAGUCUUUGCAAAGAAGAAAAGGUUAGAUUAAUAACGUGAAGGGGGAUCUGGGUGUCUCUGGAAUAGCUUAGUAAAGAAGGAUUUAAAUUGAUGUGAAGAAGGUAUCUGGGCAUCCCUGCAAUGGGUUAGGGUGAGGGGGUGGGGCUUUUUGUAAAGAAGAGGUGCUUAGGUUGAUAUGAAGAGGGGUAUGGGUAUCCCCAGAGGGUUAGGAUGGUAGGGAUCUUUUGUGCAAAGGAGAGAGUAAAUGUGAAGAGAGAGUCUGGGAAUCCCUGAAUGGAUUAGGGUGGUUGUAUAUGAAUAUGAAGAAGAGGGGUUUAAGGCAAUGUGAAGAGAGGAUCAGGGUAUCCCAGAGGAGAUUAUAAUUGUAGGUUAGGUCUCAGUGCAAAGAAGAGGUGAUUAAUGUGAAGUGUCUGGGUACCCUGGAGACACGAGUUAGGGUGGUGGGAAGGGUCUAGGUAUGAAGAACGGGUUAAGCUUUUGUGAAGAUGGGUCUGGGUAUUCCGGAUGGGGGGUUAGGGUUGUGGGAGAGGGCCUUAAUUUGUAGAGAGGGUUAAGUAAUUUGAAGAGGGGGAUCUGGGUUUCAUGGGCAAGUGGUUAAGGUGGGGAAAGUCUGGAUGUGAAGAUGGGUUAGGCCAAUGUGAGAAGAGUUGUUUGGGGGAAGGGAUAGUUUGAUGUGAGGAACCUGGGCACCAGAGGGAGAGUUAGUGGGUAGCAGGGGUUGUGUGUAAAGGAGAGGGGUUGCACCAUGUGGGAGUGCUGAAAGUGGGAGGAAUUGGGGCAGUUUGAGUAGUCUGUGUUUAAAAAAAGGUCGAGAACCUGGGGGAGGGAGCAGAGGAGCAAGGCUGGGAGAAGCAGGCAGUUAGGGCCUAUGUGAGGACCCCCCCACACCCCGGGCUUGGGCACCCACCUGGGAGCACAGAUGGGGCAGUGAGUUGGUAAGGAAAGGAGUCAGUGGAAGGAGGUGGAGAGGAUACAGGUUCUGGUGUGAUGGGCGGGGCCUUGGGCCAGCUGUGGGGCAUGGGAGAUGAGGGGUUGGUCAGAUUUCAGGAUCUGGUGGGUGGAGUUUGAUGCGAGUUGAUUCAGAGCCCAGGGCCUUGCUGCUGCCAUGACUGAGGAGUCAGAGGAGACGGUCCUUUACAUUGAGCACCGCUAUGUCUGCUCUGAGUGCAACCAGCUCUAUGGAUCCCUGGAGGAGGUGCUCAUGCACCAGAACUCCCAUGUGCCCCAGCAGCACUUUGAGCUGGUGGGCGUGGCCGACCCUGGAGUCACUGUGGCCACAGAGGCAGCUUCUGGCACGGGCCUCUAUCAGACCCUAGUGCAGGAGAGCCAGUACCAGUGCCUGGAGUGUGGGCAGCUGCUGAUGUCACCCAGCCAGCUCCUGGAGCACCAGGAGCUGCACCUGAAGAUGAUGGCGCCCCAAGAGGCAGUGCCAGCUGAGCCGCCACCCAAGGCUCCCCCCCUGAGCUCCAGUACCAUUCACUACGAGUGUGUGGAUUGCAAGGCUCUCUUCGCCAGCCAGGAGCUCUGGCUGAACCACCGGCAGACACACCUCCGGGCCACUCCCACCAAGCCUCAAGCCCCGGUUGUCCUGGGGUCCCCAGUUGUCCUAGGGCCCCCUGUGGGCCAGGCCCGCGUUGCUGUGGAGCACUCAUACCGCAAGGCAGAAGAGGGUGGUGAGGGGGCAGCUGUUCCCUCUGCUGCUGCCACCACCACUGAGGUGGUGACUGAGGUAGAGCUGCUCCUUUACAAGUGCUCCGAGUGCUCCCAGCUCUUCCAGCUGCCAGCUGACUUCCUGGAGCAUCAGGCCACCCACUUCCCUGCUCCUGCCCCAGAGUCUGAGGAGCCUGCCUUGCAGCAGGAGACCCUGACCCCAUCACCUGCAGAGGUGCCUGUGUCUCAGCCUGAACCCCUGCCAUCCUCUGAUCACAGUUAUGAGCUGCGCAAUGGUGAAGCCAUUGGACGUGACCGCCGGGGGCGCAAGGCCCGGAAGAACAACAGUGGAGAGCCAAGUGGGGCAGCCACCCAGGAGCUCUUUUGCUCAGCCUGUGACCAGCUCUUUCUCUCGCCUCACCAGCUACAGCAGCACCUGCGGAGUCACCGGGAGGGCGUCUUUAAGUGCCCCCUGUGCAGUCGUGUCUUUCCCAGCCCUUCCAGUCUGGACCAGCAUCUUGGUGACCACAGCAGCGAGUCUCACUUCUUGUGUGUGGACUGUGGCCUGGCCUUUGGCACAGAGGCACUUCUCCUGGCCCACCGGCGAGCCCACACCCCGAAUCCUCUGCAUUCAUGUCCGUGUGGAAAGACCUUUGUCAACCUCACCAAGUUCCUUUAUCACCGGCGUACCCAUGGGGUGGGGGGUGUCCCUCUGCCCACAACACCAGUCCCACCAGAGGAACCUGUCAUUGGUUUCCCGGAGCCAGCCCCAGCAGAGACUGGAGAGCCAGAGGCCCCACAGCCCCCCGUGUCUGAGGAGAGCUCAGCAGGGUCCACUGCCCCAGGCACUUACCGCUGCCUCCUAUGCAGCCGUGAAUUUGGCAAGGCAUUGCAGCUGACCCGGCACCAGCGUUUUGUGCACCGGCUGGAACGGCGCCAUAAGUGUGGCAUUUGUGGCAAGAUGUUUAAGAAGAAGUCUCAUGUGCGUAACCACCUGCGCACACACACAGGCGAACGGCCCUUCCCCUGCCCGGACUGCUCCAAGCCCUUCAACUCACCUGCCAACCUGGCCCGCCACCGGCUUACGCACACAGGGGAGCGGCCCUACCGGUGUGGGGACUGCGGCAAGGCUUUUACACAAAGCUCCACGCUGAGGCAGCACCGCCUGGUGCAUGCCCAGCACUUCCCCUAUCGCUGCCAGGAGUGUGGAGUGCGUUUUCACCGCCCCUACCGCCUGCUCAUGCACCGCUACCACCACACAGGCGAGUACCCCUACAAGUGUCGUGAGUGUCCCCGCUCCUUUCUGCUGCGCCGACUGCUGGAGGUGCACCAGCUUGUGGCCCAUGCUGGGCGCCAGCCCCACCGCUGCUCAUCCUGUGGGGCUGCCUUCCCUUCUUCACUGCGGCUCCGUGAGCACCGCUGUGCAGCUGCUGCUGCCCAGGCCCCACGGCGCUUUGAGUGUGGCACCUGUGGCAAGAAAGUGGGCUCGGCCGCUCGGCUGCAAGCGCAUGAGGCAGCCCAUGCAGCUGCAGGGCCUGGAGAGGUCCUGGCUAAGGAGCCCCCAGCCCCUAGGGCCCCAAGGGCCACUCGUACUCCAGUCGUCUCCCCAACAACCCUUGGAGGCACUGCCACUGCGGCCCCUGCAGGCCCUGCCCGACGCCGGGGCUUGGAGUGCAGUGAGUGCAAGAAGUUGUUCAGCACAGAGACGUCGCUGCAGGUACACCGGCGCAUCCACACAGGUGAGCGGCCAUACCCAUGUCCAGACUGUGGCAAGGCCUUCCGUCAGAGUACCCACCUGAAGGACCACCGGCGCCUGCACACAGGUGAGCGGCCCUUUGCCUGUGAAGUGUGUGGCAAGGCCUUUGCCAUCUCCAUGCGCCUGGCGGAACAUCGCCGCAUUCACACAGGCGAACGGCCCUACUCCUGCCCCGACUGUGGCAAGAGCUACCGCUCCUUCUCCAACCUAUGGAAGCACCGCAAGACCCACCAGCAGCAGCAUCAGGCAGCUGUGCGACAGCAGCUGGCAGAGGCAGAGGCCGCCGUAGGCUUGGCCGUGAUGGAGACUGCAGUGGAGGCACUACCGCUGGUGGAGGCCAUUGAGAUCUACCCUCUGGCUGAGGCAGAGGGGGUCCAGAUCAGUGGCUAACCUUGCCCCAUUUCCCUCUUCAGCACCACCAUGCCCUGUCGCUGAAGAACCUCCUCCAACAUCCCCUUAAGUUUAUGUACAUACUGUCCCCUUCUUCCACCCUUCCCAGGCGCCAUGUAAGUUCUGUAACCGAAUUUGGUCUUUCUCCUGAGAGGGGUGCUCUGAGGUCCUUGAUAUGCAUAAAAGGUGCCCCCCACACACACCUGUUAGCAUUGGUGGCCCCAAGGUGAAAGAGUCAAUAAAGACUGAGUUGGACAUUUA